CCUCGAGUCUAUAACAAUAAGUUUGGGAUUACCAUUUUAAUCUUAUAUAACUACAAAAGAUUUCUUGAUUCUAUCGGAAAUUUAUUAUGCAGAACGGAUAUCCAGGCACCGCUCCAUUUGCCCCUUAUAAAGUUUGUCUCACUAAUUAAGUGCUUAACUGGGAAGCUGAUAUUCAGUUAAUUUAUUUGUACUCUCUUAAUAAUAAGUCGUUAAUUUAUAUCCUAAUUGCUAAAAAGUUUGUCUUUGUGACUAGAUUUUACAUCACAUUUCUCUGAUACUGCUCUUGAUUGUCGAGACAUUUAUUCAAAAACUCACGUUUACUGUUGUAUUUCUGUGAAGAAACUCGUCGGUUUCAAGACGCAAUACAGCGUCGAUAGACGCAUCUUGAGAAUCAGUUUGACACUUGUGACCGAGUAGUCAUGUUUUAUGUAUUUUAAACUGACCAUUUUGAUAUAAAAUUUAGCCUUUAUCUUUCUAUCACAUUAUGAUUUGUUUCAGUGAAUUUAACAUCCGAUUUAUAAAAACGUAAGCGUGUGUCUUAUUCCAAUCCAAACUAGACUGCAACAUGUUCCAAGCGGAUCAGAGUCAGAGGGGGACGCAUUAUAAUAGGUUUCCUUGUUAGAACGACAGCAUGGGUGCGCGAUCAUAAUACUAAUGGCGUUCAUUUAAAAUUGCAAUGCAAUUGGUGAUGACUUUACUUCCCGUUUAUAUGACGAGCGCUCGUAGCAUGUCUUGACGAGCAGGAGAGGCGCUUCGACAGGGUCUUCGGCAGGGUCUUCGGCAGAUAAGGAUUCUCCAAAAUGGCGGGCGGUCAGCAGCUUCCGGAACAAUACACGGUACCACAGCUCGCGAGGAUCUUCCACAGCCUGCCGCAUCUGAACGUCUCUCUGCAUUCGGUCAACAAUACAUUCAAUCCUCACUCUGAAAUCUAUUUGGAGAGUCUCGGGAUACUAGGAAGUAUUCCAGCAGCCUGGUUGAUCUUAACAUUGCUGGUGUUGCUAGUUUAUUUGGUAACAAGAUGUUGCGACCGGAAGCCGCGCCCCAGGAGGUCGAUAACCCUGCUGAAGUGUUCACUGGCCGUCCUGGCACUGCUCUGCAGCGGAGCAGUGGCUGUUGGUCUUUACGGCAACGAUGACGUGCACAACGGCUUAGUACAGCUCGUGGCAGCGGCUAAAAACGUCGACGGGAUCCUCAUGGGUGUGAGAAAUCAGACUGACACUAUAGAAGCCACCUUGAAGAAAAAGAUGCAGCCGCAACUAACCGCCCUCGGUGACGAAUUUGACGCCCCGGUCAGCAACAAGACGAUGCUGGGUCUGCUGUUGGUGGCGCUCAACGGCAUGAAGCAAAACACGAGCAUCGCCGUAAAUCGGAGUUUCGAGAUCCGAAAGCCUCUGAGCGGCAUCAGCCUCGCCGGGGCCAUCGGGAUGGGCGAGAAAAUCGAACAGUUGAGAUGGCCUAUCACUAUGGCGGUCUUGAGCGCUCUACUCGUCCUCUGUGUGGUUCUGGUGGUCGGUGUCGCGCGACACUCCAGAUGCGUCCUCAUAACAUUCUCCGUGUUCGGCUUGUUCGCCGUGAUCGUCUCUUGGCUCAUGGCGUCCUUAUACCUGGCCACUUCUGUAGCUCUAGGUGAUCUCUGCGUAUCGCCGGACGGCUAUCUGAGCAGAGCGGUGCCGUCGACCUUAGCCUCCGAGGUGCUCUCGUAUUACACCCACUGCGAGAACACGCGCAGCAAUCCGUUCACGCAGAGAUUGCGGGACGGUCAGCGCGCGGUAGGCAACAUGAGGCACAAUUUGAACACUGUGACUCGAUUAGCGAUAGAGCUGUUCAAAGACCAGCAACUCCAGCCGAAACUCAGCAGCCUGUCCACGGACGUUAAUACCGUGGAUAAACUCGUGUCAGGCUUAGCCACGUUGCUCGAUUGUAAGCCUCUCCACAAGCAAUACGUUCAUGCCGCUAAGAGCUUAUGCCACUUGGGACUGUAUGGAUUAACUUUUAUGCUACUAGCCAGUUUAGCCGCGGGUCUCUUUUUCACCAUACUGGUUUGGGUGGAUUCUCAUACGUGGAUAUAUAUCCGAAAGCGAAGGGAUUACCAUCAAGUCGACGAGCAAGAUCCUUACUUGCCACCGUCAGCGGCUUCGCAGGCGAUAGCAGCGCGGACCCUUCGAGGCCAAGGGUCGUACCCGCCUACAGCCCCUCCGCUUAAUUCGAAUGCUCUUGGCACUCAUAAUACGAUUAAGCAGCCUCUCUUGCUAACGCCGCCCCCACCGUCCUACGCUACUGCGACUGCUCGAGCACGUCAACUGCACGAGAGCAUGCUAAAAGGUGGGGGUGUUAAUGGGAGCGGAGGAGGCGGGGAUCACAAAUCGUCUCAGCAUAAUCAGCAAUCAACGGGCGGACGGGCUGAGCACCGUUCUGGACUCGGAGAUCAACCUGGCCAGUACGCGACUCUGAGCAAACAGUGCAAGACUCUAGAAUCGAGUAGAGAACCACCUUGGACGCCCAGCGUGGCGUCCUUCACCGGUACCCUGUCUCACAAUUCGCACGGGCCCGCUCAUCUCGCUACCUUCCAAGACUCUCGGAAGACGCAGACGCUGGACCCGAAGAACCUGACGAGUCUCAAGAGGGGCCCGACUCCGGCGUGGAAUCAGAACCGGCCGCUACCGCCGAAUCCUACGAGCCAGCCGACGUGGGAGUUCGAGUCGCGCUCGCAGACCAACAUGAAUCAGUUCCGGUCGUUAGUGAGAAACAAGGCGCCUAACAUUCGCAUUCAGGAUCAGAUGCAGGAUCAGGUCAGAACUUUGGACAGAAAUUUCUCGCGUAGCCAGUUCAACGGUAGCGCGCAGAACAAUACGACGGUGCCGAAUAUGUACGGUACGUAUAAUCGGGCGCAGGGAAGGCAAGAGAAGCCGACAGUGGCCACACUGAGCCAGGUACAGGGUAGCGAUCCUAAUCUGUAUGCUGUAACGGAACUCUAAUCGUAUGAUCGGAAAAGGGCGGAAGAGAGAGAGAGAGAGACUACGUGACAUCGUGAAGCGGAUCACUUCAACCGUCAUAAACGUCGUGAGGCACAUCGUGAAUAUUCGCAGCAUGCAGAGUAUACAGAGUAAGAGCGUCAACAUGUUACCAAGAGUCGUCUUUCAAUAGAGCUAGAAUCGUGCGAUUCGGAGUUCCUAUAAAAAAAAAGAAAUGGCAAACUGAUGAUCGUCGGGUUUGAUUUGCGAUAAAAGUGAGAGAAGUCGGGGGCGAAAAGAGAGAGAGAGAGAGAAAGAAAGAGUUUAGAAUACUGUGUGUACCAGGGAACUCUUAUGCUUAAGACACACACACAGACACUUUAUAUCCGAGAUUUUGUACUUGUAUAUCAUGUACAGUGAUCGUGGUAGGUCCUUCUUCUUCUUCUUCUGCGUUAUCGUCUUUCUCUGUUGUUGUUGCCCGCGUUCUACUUGGGUUGGAUUUGCGCAGAGCGUAAAGUGUGUCGUACAUCCAGCAAUAGACGGGACAUACGGGAUAUUUAAUGCAGUGCCACGUAUUUAUUGCUUGUCGAGCCGGAGAAGAGCUGCACGAACGAAUAAGCACAAACAAGCCUUUCUCACGACGGGAAGCUUUCUUUGGCCGUCGACAUCGAUCGUUUACAGAGAGAGAUACCACUCGCUUCAUUCAUUCUGAAAUUAAUUGAGCCGUUAAUUUCGUACGUUCUAUAUACUUAACUUAGGAGCUAGGGAUAUAUAUAUAUAUAUACGUAUUAAUACGAAUUGAAAGAAAUACCAAAAUACACAUAACGAGAUGGGAAUAGCGAGUUACGGUUUUUUAUAUAUACUUUUUACAUUUUAAUCUCUUUCUCGGAACUCGAUAUCCGCAAGGCGAAUCUACAUACGUUGACUUUUUCUGUGAGAUUUUGUACACUUUGUAAUGUGUAUGCGAAACGUAUACAUCUAGUUGCCGCACGAAUGACUGGUAAUUUUUACGAGAUUAUAUAUAUAUAUAUAUAUCGGCAAAUUGGCAGGUACUUGAUCGAUCGUACGAGGGUACACCCGCGACAUACUGCCAAUGCGCUCAGGCGAAUAUACUUUUUAAGUACAAAACCAUGGUGGUAGCACAGGUGUUACGUAGGUUUUUCAGUUUUUAUAUGAAGAACAGGCGUCUAAGUGGUAUCGGUAUGUGUGUGUGUGAGAGAGAGAGAGAGAGAGAGAGAGAGAGUGAGAGUGAGAGUGAGAAACGAUUGAGAAUAUAUUGGAAAAUAUUACUUCCAUACUAAGGCGGUACUUCGGUUGACAACGUACGAAGACGUACUAUCUAUCUAGAGGGAAAAACGGAAAAAUGAAUCUAUCGCAAAGGUUGAAUCUUAUUAUACUUUGUAAGGUGGCCGAGAGUGAAUUUUCUGCGGAGUGCAGUCUUCCUGAGACAUUCUACGUAAUAGAACUAGAGAUAUACUGGGUACCCGGCAAUUAUUCGGUAUACUCGUAAAAUCGGCUCUUAUAUCUCGUUGGCGUCGGUUGGCUGAAAACCGACGACGGACGGACAGUGGGACCGACGAAGGACGUGCAGAACAUGUGAUGAGAGAGAGAGAGAGAGAGAGAGAGGCAUUGGGUUUUUUUUUUCUCGCGGACUACAGGCGGAUUUUCUAAAGUUUUUUAAACGUAGCUUUCACAAGCACACAACGAUUCCGCUCGCGGGGAAUGUUGUUAGAAUCAUAUAUACAUUUGGAUCGUGGACACUGUUUAAUAAUAAUAGGAGGUUUGUUACACGCCUAGGAUAAGCACGUAAUUCAGUUCCGAUAUCGAGGAGCGACUCUGUGUGCCUGAAUAAUAGCCGGUCGGACGAAUGUUGUUUACUCGUGCAAGUAUUCAGCGUUCGGGUUGGCGAGUUGUCCCUUGAUUCCACGGACGUCCGAUUUCCAGUAUCCGGUACGUCUCUAAAGGUGCCUUUUCAUGCCGACGCUCGACGCUCAUUUCUAGCGUCAAAAUGGGUCACUUUGAUCGAGGUUGCUGUGUUGGAUGGUGAGAAAACGCGGCGAAAAGAAUACAGCAGCGUCGAAUUUCGAACAUUACGGCGCGUCACUCGCGCAUAGUUUCUCUCUGAAAAAAUAUGUCAUUCCGAGGUAGUGUAAUGUGGUUAUAAGAGAGAUCGUAUAGAAAAAAUAAUAGAAUAUAAUGAGCAAUAUAAGACAUUUGAAUGUCCGUAUUGGUGGUUUACGUGACGUGACGUAUCGACGAAGUAAUAUUAAACGCUAAAACUACCAAAGCGAUCAAAUGACCGGUUUGUAAUUUUUUCUUAUGAAAGUUAUCCGGUAUAAAUAUCUGGAUAAGGCGUAUUAAGAGAGUAUUAAUUUUAUUUAAUUUACGGUUGCCCCACGAUGUAUUUUCUAUCGAUAUGCACGUAAACUUGCAAUGAAGUAUAUUAAAUAUUGUGGCGAAACUGCAUUUCUGCAGUUAUCAUUUAUGCUGAUUCAACACAAAUUUGUAUUUGACGAAAUUCUCCCGUACACCAAAUUCCAAAAGCCAAUAGUCUUUGGUAUCACCUCGUCGGUGAGCGACGCCAGAAGUUGAAUAAAAUCCAACUUCUUUGUUUUUUUUAUGCUAACGUCAGAUUAAAAUCACGUGACCGCGUUCGACGCUGCUACGAACGUCUCAUGAAUUGGGCACCUUAAUUGAUAUUACCUAAAGAUUUGUGAGAGUUGGGAUUAUAGACUUUCGGCAAAAUUGCAAAAUGACUCUUUAUACUCGCAUCCGCAUAUAAUUCAGUAAGUCUGUAUAUAAACUGAUAACUCUUAAGAUUAUCGAGUAAACGUGAAGUGUGAUAAAUCGAAUCUAGAUGUUAUGCGAAUUUGUCAGCGAGAGAGAGAGAGAAAGAGAGAACAUUUUGUUAUUUCGGUUGACGGUCUGAUAUGACUUCGAACGCGUUGAAUCCCGAAAUAAGUGGAACGACAAAUCGUGCCAUUCCAAGUAACACUUGCAUUUAUCGCAAUUACUUUCCAGAGGUUUCUUAGGAUUUGUGUGUCUCUUGUAAAACGAUUAUAUAUAAUCGCAAAUAUCUCAAAUAUUACGAGGGAGGAGCGCGAAUAUAGAAACGGGGAACUUACUUGACCCAUUGUAAAUAAUUGUAAUAUUUAUUACCGAGCGCGACAGCUCAUAGACUAGUAGGGUAUAAUUAUAGUUUAGUUAAUUGCUAAUUUAAGUUCCGACGAUAAAUAGUAAAUAUAUAUAUAUAUAUAUAUGUACACGCGGCUUACCAACCGCGUGCGCGUAAGACGAAAUAAAUAUCGUUUUGUUCACUUCGGAGGUGAAGUACCCUAGUCAGUAUAUAAAGAGUUAUGUACAUUCAAGAUAGCAAAUGAAAGAAAGAUCUCUUGCCAAAUUUUUAACACGGCUCAAUUUUUAAAACGAAAAAAAAAAUAGAGAGAACCGCUCUUUCGUCUCGAAUAUUUGUAUAACGCGCAACACUAUUAAAUACCUAUGGAAAAGCUAUGUUAGUGCGUCAUCUCAUCAUCCAAAUAUAUGUUCUAGACUUAAGGAGAGGAAUUACUUAUUGAGAGAAAGUAUACAAAGACGGAUCCGACUUUAGUGUUUCUUUUUUUAAUGGAACGCGAGAUAUGCGCUGUAUUCGUCAUUAUGAAUACGUACUCGUACUUACUUCCCCCUUUUUUUUUCCUUCUUUCUCUCUGCGAAGAGUAGAAGAGAAUAGCUUUAUGUUUUAUCUUCCAAUUGUACGACAUAUAUUAAAUUUGCAUUGAGUAAAGGUUUGUUUGUCAAAAUCCA